CUACAACACACCCGGCAAUGGAGCUAGCUGACUUGGGCUAUCUGGAGAAGGGCUUCGAUCCCUCUACCUUGAAAGUGGCAGAUCUCCGACGCAUCCUUACUUUGCACGAAGUGGAUUUUAAAUCAUCCGCCAAGAAGGCAGAGCUGGUCGAGUACUUCAAUGAGCAUGUCUCUCCCAAUACCGACUCGUACUUGGCAAAGCAGAUCAAUCCUGGCCGGGCACGCAAUGUCAUUGAAGACGCCUCAAAGACGCCCGCUAAAACUCCAGCAAAGACGCCGCGUCGCAAACUCCCGCAUAAGCAUGCCAUUGGCAGCGAUGAAGACGAGUUGACUGGACCAGAAUCUACCACCGUGACCAAGUCUGUAGGCAGGCCACGCAAGUCUGCCAAGCUGGACGAUGAAGUCCGCAUUCCCGUGACACUCAAAAAGUCGACGUCACCGCGUAAAUCCAUGCGCAUGGAAGUUGAUGACGAUGAGCCACCCACCAUCAAGCGUUCGCCUCGAAAGUCCGUCAAGAUGGAGACCUCAGAUGAUGAUGCACCGCCGACCAUCAAGCGGUCUCCGCGCAAGUCCACCAAGAUGGAGACGACCGAUGACAAGGCAAUGCCCGUGGCAAAGCCAUCGCCUCGCAAGUCAAUCAAGCCGACUCCGAGGAAGAUAUCUGUGCGCAUUUCUCCCAAAAAGACCAAAGUCACCGAUUCUGAAGCAGAUGAAGACAUGACCGAUGCUUCAGAGGUGCAGGACAGGAAACAAGAUGCCAAGCAAGACGCUGCCUUUUCCAGCGAGAAUCCAUUCCAGAGUGGGUCGCCCAAUUUGCACGGUGGAUCUACAAAACGCCGUCAGACUAGCAUCAUGAGCUCUGCUCCCAAAUUGGCACCACCCAGCAAUCGUCGCCAAACGGAGAUGGCCCCUGCUCUUGCUCACCACAACGCCGGGAGUGUGCGUUCGGCCAAGACGCCUGUUGCCAAGGAACGCUUCAUGCCACCUAUUGGCUCACUGCUUGCAUCUCCUGCAUUUCAGUCUGCUGCGCAACGCGCAAAAGAGAAUGCCUUAGCUGAAGACCAAUUGCUAACUACGGAAGAGUUUACACCAGAAGAGGCAGCCACCCUUGAUCGUCCCCGUACUCAAGACGAGCCCGGUGCAGUGCUCAAAAUGCUCAAGUUUUUGAGCAUUUCAGCACUCACUGCAAGUACGUUGUAUGGUGCCGGCUGGUACAGACGCGAGCAGAUUGCUGCUGGAUGGUGCGAUAUUGACUCGAAGCCAUUCAUGCCACCUCCGCAUGCAACUUCAUUUCAAGACUUCAUCCAGCAAGUGCGUCCCAAUUGUCUGCCCUGUCCGCCGCAUGCCAUCUGCAGCCCUGGCUUCCGGAUGUCGUGUGAGGAUGAGUUCACCAAGAUGGAGCAUCCACUCUCUUUUGGUGGUUUAUUGCCAUUGAGCCCGCAAUGCGUGCCAGAUACGGAGAAGCUACGCAAAAUUCAGGUGGUUGCCAAUGAAAUUGUUGAGACAAUGCGCGAUCGCGCUGCUGCUGUGGAGUGUGGGUAUGCCACGCCGACUGAGACUUUGAUGAUGACAGAUAUGGAUCUGUACAGCGCGUUGCUCUCCAAGAAGUCAGCAACCAUGUCGAAUGAGCAAUUCGAUGCUCUCUUUGCGCCGGCACUGAAAGAUGCUAUUGCUCGUGAUGAAGUCGAAGUAUCGUCAUCACAGCCUCAGGGCGAGCCAACCUACGAGGGACUCGGCGAGGUUGACCAUCACAUCACGCACUACUAUCACAGUACCUCCCUCGCCAACCUCCCCUUCACUUGCAGCAUCAAACGCAGCUUCAGACGCGUCGUGGCCAGAUAUCGUCUCGAAGCUACUGGCCUUUUAGCCUUCUUGCUCGGCGUCUUGUAUCUCAAGCACUUCUUUGAGAGCAGGAAUGUGUUGCGUGCUCGUGUUGCACAGCUCGUGGCAUUGGUCUAUGAGGAGUUGCUAGUGGCCAAGGCCAAAUCUAUUGACAAUGAGCGCUUCGAGCCGCACUUGGGUGUAUCGCAAUUGCGUGAUGCAGUGCUACAGGAUGAGUUUUCCUACAAAGAACGCGAGAGGCUUUGGCAUGAGGUGGGGAAGGUCGUUGAAGCCAACAGCAAUGUGCGCGCCACACAGGCAGAGAUCCAAGGAGAAUGGCUGAGGGCCUGGGAGUGGGUCGGUGCUGUCAAGGGGCUUGAGAAGUUUGGUGAGCGCCAGCCUGUGGUGGAUGAUUUAGCUCCAAAUGAAAUGUCAGGCAGCUGUCAGCCAGCCCAUGACGCGUUUGCGGGAGCGGCCCCAGAAACCAACUUUGACCUGCCAUCCACAAGACCAGUGUACCUCAUCUAUAGACGGCCCUGCUGCAGUUCUUCUUCGCAGGUCAACCCAUUGAAUGUACAUUCGAGACACGCUAUCGGCAUUCCGCGCAACAGCGCUCAUCUCAGCGUAAGGCCAUCCUGCUCCCUUUGCACUUCAAUUGACCUGAACAGCGUCGGCCUCCUCUAUGCAGCGAAUCUUCUCAUCAUCUGGGCGGCGCGGAGUAAAGGCGCCUACAUACUGAAGCAAUGUCUAGCACUCGCAGCAGUAUUGACUGGUGUCUUUGCAUACAAGAUUGCCGGCCCAGAGUCACGUAUUGUGGACAUGUUCAUCCGAGCUGUUGGUGCAGUCAUGGCCAUGAAGGCAGCAGACUUGCAUUUCACGAGGAAACGGGAAGCAUACCCGUUAUACAAGUCUCUGGUUAUGCCAAAGACUUUUAAGGGCAUUGCACAGUAUGCUGCUCGACUCACGUACACGAUGCGCUAUGAGGAUUUCAACAUCUCAGUCAUUGAUGCAGAACGCUAUACGACGCAUCCAAUGCAACAAGCACUGCUAUCGAGUGUCGUGCUGGCGGGUUUGAUGGGCAUCUAUGGCGCACCCCCAAACAUGCGCGUGGAGUCCAGCUUGAUAUCCGCCUUCUUCUUCAUCACAAGUCUGCACGCCAUGUUUUGUGGUCUCUACUUUGUCCCUUCCUUUGGCAUCCCUCUGUUUCAAGAGCACUUUUUCCAUACUCGAUCAUUGACGGAGUUUUGGACAAUCAAUUGGCAUGGCCUCUUCACCUCGCCCAUCAAACAGCUCGCAUAUGCUCCAGGUCACAAAAUUGGUGGUCGUGCCCUUGGUAUGUGUGCAGCCAUGGCUUUCUCAGGACUCUACCACUGGUUCGUGGUAGGUGCCUUGAAUGAGCCCGUCUUGCGCAUGCGCGUCUUUUUGUUCUUUGUACUGCAAGGACCAGCCAUUCUCGUGGAUAUACUCGUCUUUGGCGCCCCUAAAUCACGCAAGUCGAGCAAGAUUGCUGAACCAAAACAACCAAAGACACCCGCACAGGUGCCCAAUGCAACAGCUUCAGGAACAGGUAAAUUGGUUCAAGAGAAGCAGAAACCGUUUGUUAUUCAAGUAUUGCGGCGCGUGUAUGCCUGGUCUGUGAUGCUUGGCUUGGCUGCCUGGGUCGUUCGAUCAGCGCCUUCAGUUGAAAGCACCAACAAGGACUUUAUAUGGCUCAUGUGGGCCGUCUUACAAGGCAGAUACUAA